AUGUAGAAUUAUACUUAGGCAAAUCAAUUAAAAAGUUUUAGGUUCACCCAACACUAACUCAAUCAGAUUUUAAAAUAAUAUUAGACCUAUGGAUUUACUUAAUCAUAGAUAUUGCAAGCCUGGCAAAAAUGCAAUCAAGAUUAGUAUCUCUUUCAUGAUGUACUAAUCUAAUAAGUGUACAAUUAAUCUAAUUUAGAAAUGCCAAAGGUACUGUGAGCAAGGAUCUACUAUAAUCGUAGCUUAAUCUCAAAACUUAAACUGAUCAAAAAUAAAUGCGGAACUCCAUAUUUAUUCAAACAGUAGAUGAUCUACAGUAUUCUAUUAUCUAAAAUCAUAUAGGAAUUGUGAUUUACCAACUCUCUAAGAAUUAUAUCGAACUAAUUAAAUUAAUUCUCCGAAUUGGAAGCCAACAGGUUUGAUUAACUUAGGCAAUAGUAAGAUAUCAUUCAUAUCUUAAGCUUGUUAUAUCAACAUUAUGCUUCAAUAUAUGUUCAAUGUAACUACAUUCAGGCAACUGAUCUUUAAUGUGUAACUGCCAAGCUCAAAGAAUAAUGGAUAAAAGGUGAUUUAAAAACUAAAGGAACUAUUUGCCUUAAUGUAAUCAGGCAAUAGAAACUAUAUAAAUCCUUGUGAAUUAAUUACAUCCCUUCAAGAAUAUAAACCAAGUAAUUUUGCAACUUAUCCUACUAGAUAUUCUAACUAUUAAGGGUGAAUAAAAUGAUUAUAAUGAAUUAUAACUGAUGUUUUUGGAUGCAAUAGAAAGCUCUUUGCUCGAUUUAAACAAUGAAUCAGUGAUCCAAGAAUUCAAAUCUAUAUUUUAUGGCUAAUCAGAAGAAAACAUUAUUGUUAGUAAUAAAGUUGUCAAAACUAAUCCAACUUAAUAUAGCUCCAUCACAAUAGAGGCUAAUGAAGAAAACCUAUUGAAAGCAUUCACUUCCUCUAGAAUUCUGUAUAUAGAUGACUAUGAAAUUUCAGAGAAGGUUUUCACAAAGGCCUUAAUUCAUCAAAACAUUAAAACCGUCCCAAAAAUAUUAUAGUUUUAUCUCAAUAGAGUUCUUUAUGAUACGAAUUAAAAUCAGCUUAUUAAAAAUAAUAAGGUCUUUACUUUCCCCUCAGUAAUAACUUUUUAUAUUUUAGACAAUUGAUAUUAGUCAAUUCAUAUAGGAUGAUUCAAUAAAUCAAUCUAAAGAAAUGCAAGAGUUGUUAAAAAAAGAAUAAGAAAUCUUGUAAAAAUUAGAAUAAUGUGGAGACAUUUAAUCAGAUACUUAAUUCGAAGGUUUAAUCAAGCUCUUUACUAAGCAGCCUAAUGAACCGUUUAUCAUUGAUCCUUAGCCAAAUCUCUAAAGUCAUAUAGAAAUGGCUAAGUAAUUGUCCUUGUAUCAAGAAGCCUUUAAGAUAAAAAAAUAGCAACUAUAGAUGGACUUUAUUAAAAUAGAAGAGCAGAAAAGAAGAGUUAUUGAAGCUAAGAAAACAAUAUAUCAAUUGACAGCUCUAUUAAUUCAUUCUGGUACUGCCUUAAGCGGUCAUUAUUAUUGUUUUAUUUAUGAUGGGAAAUUUUGGUGGAAGUUUAAUGACAGAGUUGUUACACAGGUGGAAUUUCCAGUUGUGUUUGCGGAAGCACAAGGAAAAACUAAUAAGAACACUAAUGUAUCAGGUUUGAUCUAUGAACAGUGCGAAUAAAUAAAUUAAAAGAGAUUGGUUCCAUUAGGUAAUGAAUUAGAGUAAUUUAUUGAACAGAAAAAUUAAGAACUUUUGAUGCUGUUUGAUCAGUAAAAGGUAUUAUAAAUUAAGUCUCGAAUUUUGUAAAGAGCUGCAGAGCAUAAGAUAAUAUAUCCCAAAAGUCAGAUUGCCAUAGCUUUAACUAAAUAUUAGUAUUUUGAAGAAUUUCUGUAAGGAAAUCCAAAUAGACAUUAUUUUGUUAGAUAUACUAUUUUAGAUGUAUUUUAUUAAUGUAUUUUUAAUAGGAAGAAUUAAAGAUAUUAAAUCCAAUUCUAAAAUAUCCUCAACAAAUCAAUGAAUAUAAAAAAUAUUUCAUCUCUAAUUCAGGAAUAUUCCCCAAAAAUUUUGAUUAGAUGUUCUAGUAAGAUUAUUCAAAAUAUACUUUCAUAAAUAACCUAAUAUCUAACUUUUCAGUGCCUACCAUAGUAACUUCAGCAAAUUUUCAAUAAGUUAUCACUCAAUUCCAAAAGUAUUGUUUGUAAUUAAAAAAUUUGGAUAAUUCUGCAUUUGAAUACUUGACUAUCUUAUUUUAAGCAAUUUUAUUAUAAGGCUGUUUCUUAUGUGAAUUAUUGAUUCAAAAAAGCAAAUUACAAGAAGGAAAAUAAUUGACAUAAUUUAUUUUUGAAACUAUUAAAACUAGGUAAAAAUAGAAUAAUUAAUUUAUAGUUAAUUUAUCUAAGCCAUUAUAACAUAAUAACUGAGAGAAAAUAUGAAGAGUAUCAUUGAAGAAUUAGAGGAACUUAGUAAGAAGCAAAGUUUGAUCUCCAAAUCUAAUAUUACAUCACCUAGCAUUUUGGUUCCUGAUACUAUUUUUCAGAUAAAUCAGAACAAGAUAAAGGAUCUUUCAGAUGUGAUACAGAAAUUUGAUGAGUUAGAAUAAAAUACAUAGGUAAUAUAUUUUUUAAGAGUUUGAUAGUUAUGGAUUGGGUUUGUUAAUAAGAUAUUGAAAUCAAGUGAAAUCAUCCCUCAAAAAGUUCGCUUAGAAUAAGAAAUGCCACUAUAUUUUGACAAAAAACUAUAUUGA